UCCUGCCGGGGUGGCCUCCUGGCCGAGGCGCGGGUGGGCUGCGGCCCCCCGGGGCCGGUCCGGAAGCGCUGAGGGCCCCUACCUUUGUCCCCGAAGUCAGCCGGGGAACAGCCCCUCCCCUGCAGGAGCCCGGCCGUUGGUGGAGAGCCCCGGUGGGUGAGGUGCGCUACCCCCGGAAACUCCGACCAAAGAGCGGCAGCGAGAAAGGAGUUGGUCCCCACAAACCGCCCAGAGUCAAGUUCUGCAGGCUGGGAAUUCCAAGAUCAAGGCACCAGCAGAUCUGAUGUCAGGAACUAAAAUCAGUCUGAUGGCAGCUGCGCAAGAUGGGAAGGAAUAAUCAUCGGAAUGAGACCAAGCAAGAGCGCAUGAAAUGUGUUUGCUCUCAGCCACCAGCGUCAGAAGAGCGCGAGUCCAGGUACAGACAUUUGGUGGGCCCAAGAAAGGACAAGGUGAUACGUCACAGGGGAAAACAUUCCACCCGACCAGAUCCAAAUGGGAAUCCUUGUCCAGUUCGUCACCUUGCUGCCUGGCAUUUCUGUCCUACAUUGAGGGACAAUGUACAUAAGGAGCUCCAGCACAAGCAAAGGAAAUGGAGAGAAGAGGACAGAGGAGAGAAAGUCUUCCCACAGCCACUGUGUUCAACCUCCUGGAGAAACCACAAAAGAAUGAAGGAGUCACCAUCGGGUAUCACAUGAUCCGUUUUCCUCUACCUACUCCCUGUGGCUCCAGCCUCUUCCAUGUGGAUAGCAAAAUAUCUGGAGCAGCUGCAGACUUCAUUGCCUAAAACUGCCCAGUCUAGUGGGACAGAAAAUCUCUUCCAAACAGCACUUACACGAAUUCGGGGAAUCACUGUCUGAUUAAAGUCACCUGGCCAUUCCUGGAGCAUCUAUUUGGGGAAAUGGAUUCACGCGUGGACUUAGUUCAUCACAUUCCCACCUAGAGUCGCCAUGAGAUGAUUCCACACAACGCACAUAACUGAGAAUGAGGAAGGGUGGAUUCUCCCAAGGAACAGCAAGUAACGGCCGUGGAAGAGGUGAGUGGAUACCAGAGAGGUGACCAGAAUGAUCCGUGGCACUGCAGAGCAGUGAAAGUGCUGGCAUAGGAGUCGGCUGACCCAGCUUUUAGCUUUUCCACUGGUGUGGGGAUGGCGGGCAAGCUGUUGCAUGCCUUAGGCCUCAGUUUCCAGUAGGGUCAUGUGGAAAGUCAGGACUGCAGGAUUCCAAAGGUUCCGUUUGCUCUCCGUGUUUAAUUUGUGGCUAUGUUCUCUCAUUAGUCCUUCAGGGUUACCAAUCCCAGGUUUAUUUUCUUACCUAAUUUUUCUUACUGGGCCCAAACAGAGCUCACCCUGGCUUUAUUCCUAAUUCCAGAAACAUUUCCACUCCAGUCGGUGGAGAUCUGAAAUGUUCCGUUGCUCCUAUUAAGUCAGUCACAUUCUUUAACUGGCUAACUUUGCCCACAGUUUACAACUUGUGUCAGGCCCCAGGAAGAUUUGCUUUUAGUUUUUUCCCUGUGAACCAAACAAGUCAUAAAAACAGAUUUAUAUCAUGGUUUCCUUACAGCUGCAUUUCAUCCUAGGUUUCUUUAAAUCAAGAAAUUGACUAACAUAAUGGCUGAAUGAAUAAAACACAGCCACAGUGAGUGACUGCCUUUAGCAAACUGAGAGGGAGUCUUAUUAUUUAAAUGUUCCUGGUUAUAUUAAGUGGAGCAAAAGCCUUGGAAUCGAAAGUGAGAGAAAUAGGCAGCCAAGUUAAAAAUGCUACCAAGCUGUAAAUAAAAUAUGAAACUAGCUUAGAAGGGGAGCAUUACAUCGAAGUUAGACACUGAUAUAUAGUUCCUAAUUGUGAGACGUUUGUAAAAGGUGACAUGACACCUGUCAAUUAUCCACAGCAGCCCGGAAAUGCAGAUUAUAUGAAUAAUUCACCAAUCCAGUGCCCUUUGUUACUAAGCCUAGUCCAUAAAAUAACUGCUGAUAUGAAGGAAGAAAAGACAUUAAAACGCCAGUGUUCUGUGUCACACACGGAAACGUGUUCAAGGCAGUUUCAUUAUAAGCCUAUGUUCCAGGUCGCACCAGUGGCUAAAUAAUUAACAUGGGAGACUUUAUCAGGUGUAACAAAGAAGGGGCUUGGGCCCUGGAAACUAUAUCCCCAAGGGAGGCUGCAUGAGGGAAUCUUCGGUAUCAGAAACACAUCAUCACAUAUCUCAAUUUUCUCACACUCCCAUGCAGUACACAAUCCUUUAAAAAGGCCAAGUCUGAACUUUUGUUUUAGAAUCAUGAAAUUGUAGAAUAAUAAAUUUGGAAGUUCACUGAGAGAAAGCCUACUCCACUGGCUUUUAGAAGCAACAGAAACCUUUUUUCAAGUACACAGUACAAGACAGAUAAAAGUUGGGAUUAUUUUAGUCUGGGGGCAGUGGUGAGGAGGAUUAUAAGAUACAGCAGGGAUCUGCCUACUCAGCUGCCCCCUGCCCAAGCACCUACUGGGAUCCAGCUGUCCCAUUUCACAGAUAAGAAAACUGAGGCUCCUGAGAGGCAAAGGGCUCCCUAAAGUCCCAGAGUGAGUCCGCAGCAGACCUGAGCCUGGAAGCCAGACCACCGCCUCCCCUGCUGUACACAUACACAUGUACAGCUGGAGGUACAGCUUGUCUACACAGCCACGUGAGCAGCCGGGAUUUGGAGAAAUACCAGUUCUGCAGCUCUCAGGGCUUCACGAGUGAGCAUGAGGAGUGGAAACAACUGACUCUUUCAUUUGUGGCCUGGGCCCAGGCAGCCUGAUACCUACACCCCCAUGCCUUUUCUAUUCCCGUGGUUGCCACGGGGCCAAGGUCAGAGGUCACGGGCCAGGUGGAAGGUGGGGCUUUGACAUGCCCAGGGGACUGGGCUGGCAGCCAUAGGUAACCAGAGCCAGCCAGCCAGCCAAUCCAUCUGCUUCCCUGGUCUGCUGUGAAGAAAAGCCUCACUGGACGGAGCUGCAGAGGCGGCUGACUCCACGAGUGACUCCAGCAACACCGCGGAGAAAGAUUUUCUCGCCCCCACAAGAUGGUUCAUUCCUUGUAGCUUCCUUCAUAAUGAAGAUUCCAGCAAAGAGGAACCAAAAAAAAGUUUUGUUUCAUGAAGUUUAUGUAGAAAAGAGCACCUUCUUUCUCAUUUUAGGCUUAUUUGCUGCCAAGGUUUGGCUUUGUUUUUUGAAAAUUUGCAAGGUUUUGUUCUUGUGUAAACCCACUGGGUGCAAGUGCUUUGGCGCCAGUGUUUGCUAAUGUUUGCUGUUUUUCUCUAAUUGUCCCAAAAGACAAUUUGUGUGUAUAUAUAUAUAUAUAUAUAUAUAUAUAGCUUUUAAAGAGGUUAACCUACAGGGAAGUGCUACUGGGAAAGGAAACCAAGUGUCUGAUGUGGUGCAAAGGCAAGUAUAACUUCAAGGCAUUCUGAAUUUGUCUCUCUGUAAUCAGUCAUCACUUUUAGAAUGAACACAUUAUAUUUAGUUAUAUAUAGAAAUAAUAAUUUGCUGCUGGUUUUGUUGUGAAGAGCUAAGGUUGAUAACUUCAUGCUUUGACUUUGAUGGUUUGAACUAGUGUGAAACAGAAGAAACUGGACAUCUUGUUACGUCUACUCAGAGAUGGAUUCUCUCAGUGUGUAUGUCACUAUAUUCCUUUGUGUGAGGACAAGAGUUUCUUUCAACAAAUGGAGGUGAUUAUUAAAUGAAUCAGUGAUUAUCUAAACCA